CCUUCCUCUGCCAUAACAAACAUGUCACAUGGGUGAAGUGCACAUUACUCGUAUCUCGUUCAACACCUCACUGACACAUUUGAAUUGCUAUUUACUGUUGUAAAAAGAUCUGACAUGGGAAAGAAGAAGACCCGAGGAGAGGGAUCAGGGUUGGGGAGAGCUUUGAUAAAGGAGAGACUGAACGCAGGCCGUGGAUACAGAAGAAAUGACACAUGGCUCCACACCAGUGAACUGAAUGAUGGUUAUGACUGGGGUCGGCUCAACCUGCAGUCCGUGACAGAGCAAAGCUCUCUGGAUGACUUUUUGGCCACUGCAGAACUUGCUGGAACGGAAUUUAUUGCAGAGAAGAUGAACGUUAAAUUUGUCCCAGCUGAAGCAAGGGCAGGUCUGAUAACCAGUGAGGAGUCCAGGCGGCUGAAGAAAUUACAUGAAGAAAACAAACAACUUCUACGAAUCCCCCGAAGGCCUCCUUGGGAUGAGAACACAAGUCCUGAAGUUCUACAGCAAGUCGAGAGGGAGAGAUUCCUCAUAUGGAGAAGAGAAUUGGCAAAGUUGGAAGAAGAACAGAAGUUCAUUCUUACCCCUUUUGAGAAGAAUCUGGAUUUCUGGAGGCAACUAUGGAGAGUUAUUGAGAGGAGUGAUGUUGUGGUUCAAAUACUUGAAGCCAGAAACCCACUGCUCUUUCGCUGUCCGGAUCUCGAAAAAUAUGUAAAAGAGGUCUCUGCUCAGAAAGUAAACAUGCUUCUGCUGAACAAAGCCGACCUGCUUACUAGAGAACAGCGGCGACAUUGGGCCCGAUACUUCCAGAAAGAAGGCAUCAGAGCGGUGUUCUGGUCUGCUCUGGCCGAAGAUCAGCGACUCGAGGCGGAAGAGAAGGGAGAAGAGCCGCUGGAACCAGAGGAUCAGAGUGAUGCGGAACAGGAAGGGGCUUUAGAAGAUAUCACAGAUCUUCAAAUGGAGAACAGUACUGAACAAGAGACAAGAGAGAGUGAAGAUGAGGAGAAAAGUGAAGGAGUCCAGGGCUGUGUUGAUGAGACGGACUGGCAGACAUGCUCUGAGGAAUCUGAAGAUGACACAGAUGAGCACACAAACUCCACAGCCGCAUCAUCAUUCUACAACUCAAGCCGGUUGUUACGCAGAAAUGAGCUUCUGGAAAUCUUUAAAUCAACACAUUAUGGGUCCAUAUCCAAAGAUGGACAAAUCACAGUAGGAUUGGUGGGGUAUCCUAAUGUUGGCAAAAGCUCCACCAUCAACACCAUCCUUAGGAACAAGAAAGUCUCGGUUUCAGCUACACCCGGACACACAAAACAUUUUCAGACUCUGUUUGUUGAUCCUGGUCUCUGUUUGUGUGAUUGUCCUGGACUCGUCAUGCCCUCCUUCGUGUCCACCAAAGCUGAGAUGAUCUGCUGCGGGAUUCUGCCCAUUGAUCAGAUGAGAGAUCACGUACCAGCAAUCUCUUUAGUAUGUCAGACUAUCCCUCGAGCUGUGCUGGAUGGGACCUAUGGCAUUAACAUCAUCAGACCAAGGGAGGAUGAGGACCCUGAUCGACCACCUACCCAUGAGGAGCUGUUGAUGGCAUACGGAUAUAUGAGAGGCUAUAUGACAGCCCACGGCCAGCCAGACCAAUCAAGAUCAGCCCGUUAUGUUUUAAAAGACUACGUCUGUGGCAAACUCUUGUAUUGCCAUCCUCCACCCCACAUUAACCCCAAAGACUUCCAACCUCAGCACGCAAGGUUUACCAGGCAGACAGGAGGAAAAGGAAAAAACUCCAGCUGUGUCGACAAACCAUCCAAAGUCAAACGCAUCGAAAACACAGUGGAUAAAAAUUUCUUUCAUCAAGAAAAUGUGCGAGCACUGACAAAGGGCGUACAGAUGGUGAUGGGUUAUAAGCCUGGAAGUGGCCCUGUUGCAGCUGGAAAAGAAGGCUCAGAACAGCAAGCUGGGAAGCCCUGGAAAAAACAUGGUAACCGGAACAAGAAGGAGAAAGUUAGAAGACUCAACAAACAUCUGGAUGCUUGAUCUCUUUUCUAAUCGGUGUGCAUUUUUGGUGGAAAAAUUCAUUCCUCUUCAUCUGAAGUAGAAACUUUAUCGCUGUAAUAUUUAAUCAUUUUACAGUAUGGUGUAAGAUUCACUGUGCCAGGUUUUGUCAAAGCAUUCAAACGCUAAUAAAUGAAGCUCUCCUGGUUAUGUCAUUAAAAGUAAAUUUAUUCUCAUA